ACACAUAUAAUUAAUUUAUUCAUUAAUGGGGGUAAUUUAAUGGGGAUGUGCACCCAUAACUGGUGACUUCUUGCUAAUUUGUACAAGAUCAUAUGUUGAUCAAGCUUAAUAGGAAAGUGACAUCUGGAAAUAAAUUUAAGACCUAAUCCUCAAGUUCAGCAUGCACAAGUCUCCGGCCACAUCAAAAACACUCAUCUUUAAAUCCAGGUUUCUAAUACUGAGCAAUCCCCUUUUCUCUAAAACCCCAACAAUAAGGAUCUUAGGAGCUCCCCACUUCUCAUUUUAUGCAGUGAAAUCUGAUUUCUUUUGGAGAAAGGAAUAAGGCAAGAUUAAACGAAUCUGCCAUCCUCCCUAACCUCUUCACAAAACUGCCCAGAUUAGCUAGGAAUUAAGUUUCAACCAUUUUAUGUGUCUGGUCCAUAGAAGGGAUUAUAGUUUUACUAUUUUUUUGCCUCCCAAUUUCACUAUAAGUGUCUGACACAGUGUUGUAGAGAGAGGAGAAGGAGAAGAACAGCUCAGGCUGAGAAGUGCUGUACGUCAACAUCCUGUGAUUAUCAUUGCUUGUGUAUUUAUUGGAAUUUCAUUUGAGAUGGAUCGACUGAUUAGGAUGGACAGACAAAAGUUUCCUUUCACUAUUGAAAACAUAUUGAGCAAAUAUCCAAACGGCAACAGUGAUAGAUGGAUAUGUACGACAAGUGGUGCUGGACUAAAUGAGAGUACAGUGAGUCCUGUUGGAGACCAGAUAGAGACUGUUCAUCACACCUGUGUGUGCUGCUGCUGCUGCUCCCACUGUGGAGACAUACUCCGAUCGGAUUUCAUACACGAAGACUUCCUGCCUGCAGUCUGUCAGUAUGGAUGGCCAUCAGCGAUACUCCCAAACCCAUCUUGUAGGCAGGGAGAAGGUCACAGAGAGGAGCAGUUACCUGCUCAGGUGCAGAGGAGGACCAGACGCCACCGCACUAUUUUCACAGAGGAUCAGCUGGACGCACUGGAGGAGCUGUUCCUGCAAAAUCAGUAUCCAGAUGUGAACAUGAGGGAGAAAUUAGCUCAGUGCACUCACUUAAGAGAAGAGAGAGUGGAGGUUUGGUUUAAAAACCGAAGAGCAAAGUGGAGACGUCAGAAAAGACUAUCAUUUGCUGUUGGAAAUACAGAAAACUAAACUGUGUGUGAUACAAUUUUGCUUUCUGCAGUUGUUAUGCAGGUUAUGUUUUCAGCCACGUUUGCCUGUUCAUCUCAAAGAAUUCAAAAGUAAAAGGUGUAUUUUGAGAAUGUAUACGUAAUGACCCUAUGGAGACAUUUAUAGAUUUUGGUGGUGAUCAGGACACAGAAAUGCAUUCUGGGUUUUUCAAAACAACCGUGUGCGAUAUGGUGGUCUCUUGACACUGUAGCAAACUGAAGGACCUCUGCAUUCUCUGAGUGCUUUCUCUACUUAUCUCAUAUGAUAGCCAGAUUUCUUUCUCCCACAAAAUAAACAGACAUGGGGUUUUUUGUGUGUCAGUCAAAUCAUGUGUCUCUCUUGGUAGCUGGCUUGUUUAUUGAGUACAUGAUAGAAAUACCAGCAGCAUAUGUUAAUACUAAUUGUGAAAGGUAAAAUUAGUAUAUUGAUUGUUCCAGUUGGGAUCUGUUGUGGGAAAAAAUAACCCUAAAGAACAAAUAA